UCGGCGACGUUUCAUUGGAAGAGAAAGUCGAUGAUAACUUGGGGCAGUUUUGAUUCUCGGGUUAGUGUCUCGUCGCCACAAGCAGCAGGAAACAACUUGUCGACAAUGUCUUUCAACAAAGGUCCUGCCUACGGGUUGUCCGCGGAGGUGAAAAACAAGAUCGCACAGAAGUAUGACCCUCAAAAGGAGGAUGAGCUGAGGGUCUGGAUCGAAGACAUGACCGGUUGUCCCAUCGGCCCCGACUUCCAGAAGGGCCUGAGGAAUGGAGUCAUUCUUUGCAAUCUUAUCAACAAAAUUAAGCCGGACUCGGUGAAAAGGGUCAACCAAUCAUCGCUGAACUGGCACCAGCUGGAGAACCUGACGAACUUCAUCAAAGCCCUGACGGCCUACGGCCUGAAGCCUCAUGACAUCUUCGAAGCCAACGACCUGUUUGAGAGCUGCAACAUGACGCAGGUGCAGUCGGCGCUGCUUGCGCUGGCCAGCAUGGCCAAGACCAAGGGCUGCAACUCCAAAGUGGACAUCGGGGUGAAGUACGCUGACAAGCAGGAGAGGAUGUUUGAUGAUGAGAAGAUGAAGGCUGGACAGUGCGUCAUUGGCCUACAGAUGGGGACCAACAAGUGUGCCAGUCAGGCAGGUAUGAAUGCAUAUGGCACCAGGAGGCACUUGUAUGACCCCAAAGUUCAAAUCCAGCCCCCGAUGGACAACACGACCAUCAGUCUGCAGAUGGGAACCAACAAGGGGGCGAGCCAGGCCGGGAUGACGGCACCAGGUACGAGGCGUGCCAUUUACGACCAGAAGCUGGGCACAGACAAGUGCGACAACAGCACCAUGUCCCUACAGAUGGGCUACAGCCAGGGGGCCAGCCAGGCCGGACAGAACUUCGGCCUGGGACGGCAGAUCUUUGACGCCAAGUACUGUCCCAAACCCGGCGAGGUUAUGGAGGAGCAAAAUGGGGCGGGGGGCGCCCGCGAAUCCAUCCCAGAUUUCCAAGACGAGGGUUACCAGGGUUACCAGGAGGAAGAGCAGGUGUACCAGGAGGAAGGGACCGAUUACUAGGAGGAAGGGAAAGAGCGAGGAGGCGUGUUCUGCAAGACGAUCUCGAGGCAGGUGGUUUAUUUUUAUAUCCACAGGGUGUUGCACCUUUUCUGGGUCAUGUCCUUUUUAGUAUUGUAUGAAGUGUUUUCUUAGCCCUGUUUGUUCAAGACCAAUGUCACACAUAUCAUGAUGAACUGUAUUUCUGUGAUCUUUCUUUUUUGUUUUGUUUUGUUUUUUAAAUAUAUAUAUAUAUUUAAAAAGUGACCACAAAAGCCAGUCUUUUUGGCUUAGCUAGUUCUCUAUCCCAGGGAUUUUAAAUGUGCCAAAGCCCCCUUUGGUUUUUGUUGAGUCGUUAGUUCCAUUGAGGAAGAUCCCUUGAGUUUUGUAAGGGGAGAAAUGAAACUAAAAAGUGAAACAUUAGGGAGUAUUUUUCUUUUACAUUAAAUGUUCCAAACCCAUGCAGAUCAAAACACCAAUGCAUGUGCUUUAUAUAUAAAAACUGUAUUGUCUCUGUAAGAAACAUGAAUUUAUUUCUGUAACUCCUGUGAAUGAAAAUACCCAUUUGUUUGUGUUUUCUAUCUUGGUUUUGUUACUGCAUCUUCUUCAUCCCUUCAGUAUUGGUCAUUGACAUAUGCAGUAGUAAACACUUAUCAUUGUUCAGACUGAUGCAGGAAUAUAAUGUGGGUUUUUUUUUGUCCCUGUCUUUUCUCACUCAUUUGAGUAUUUCUUUCAUGGAGGAAAUAUUUCCUUUGUUUGCAUAAGCAGCCCGACUGGAGCUGAGCUUGUUUUCUUUGGAUGAAGGGCUUUGCAGUGGGGGCGCAGACAAAAUAAUACUCAAGUGAAAUUUGGAACAUUCCAAGCAAGAAUGUUUAAGUGAAUCAUUCUUAAACAUUGGUUGAUAUGCAAACCAAUCAUGAUUUUAUUUGAUUAUCAAGAUUAUAAUUUAUGCUUAGUGAUUUGAAGGGUGGGCUGUUUUUUUACCUUUGACUCUGAAUAACAUUUUGUAUUGGACUAUACUUUUUCUUCUGGAAUCAUUUUUAUGCCAGUGGAGAAAAAAAAAUGUUUGACUUGACAACUGUUUGUGUGAAUACAGUGUAAUAAACAAGACGUGUAUUCAUUA